ACCUUCAUUCCACGCGUUUUGAACCAUCCAUCCCCUCUAUAAAAUACUCCAUCUCCUUUUUUUCCUCUCAUAUUUCAAGUCAUCACUUACCACUCGCAAUGGGAGAGAAAAAGAACGGAAACAAGCAAGGAGGAGGGGAUGGGAAAAUGAAGGAAAAGAGUUCUUCAACCUCUGUUUUCAAACCUGACCAACAGAAAAACCAGGAUUCUGAUAAUAAAUCAGACAAAAAACCCAAAAAGGCCCCGGUAAGGACGGCGGAUUUGAAGGUGCAAUUUGGAUGCCAGUGUAAUGGAUGCUUUGAUAGGAUUAGCAAAAUUGUCUCUGAAACCAAAGGUGUCCGAGAGUUCAAAGUAGACAGGCAGAAGGAGAUGGUCAGAGUUAAAGGGACUAUGGAUAUUAAGGCCUUGGCUAAGGCUUUGAAGGACAAGCUGAAGAAGCAUGUUGAGAUUGUAGCUCCUAAGAAAGAGAAGGAUGGCAAGGAGGGCGGCGACGGAGGGAAGAAGAAGAACAAAGGUGGUGGUGAAGAUGGUGGGAACGAAGCUAAUGGUGGCAAGAUGGAAGGGAAGGGAACGGAGUUCUAUUUUUAUUCGAUUUAUAAAUUACUUUUAAUUUUUGUGAUAUGUGGAAUAAUUUAUUGCGUAACACCAAUUGAAUAAUGUGAGCAACCAAAAAUUAGUCUUAAACCCAAAUUAAUUAAUAUUUUGGUCCCAACCAAUCCUUUAAUA